UACCGCAAACUGGUCCUGUUCCGUGUGGGAGGUGCCGGCAACAACUCGUACCAGGAGCUGAGCCAGCGUCUGGGGCUAGAGGGGGACAUCUCUGAGGCUGACAUGCAACAACGACUGGAGGAGAUCAAGGAGUACCUCAAGAAGGAGAUACGGAAAGAGAUGAAGAUUAAGGAGGGAGCGGAGAAGCUGCGAGAGGCGUCGUCGGACAAGAAGACGCUACAGAAUGUGAGCAGCAUCGUGAAGAAAGCCAACAGCAAACUGUCGGAGCUGCACCAGGAGCUACAGGAGCUCAACGCUUAUCUGCUGGUCACUGGGGCGCCGGACGCUGACCAUACGGGCCACGGCUCAGAACCGGCUGGCAGAGUCGAGCAUGAAGCUAGAGCUGAUGCGUAUGUCAUUGGAGGGCCGUCACGCGGAGCUAGACCCCGUGUCGAGCCGAGCCAAGCUGCUGAAGGAGGAGCUGGACGAGCUGCUGAACCCCACCUUCAUCACCCCCACCCGCCUCUCCUCCUCCCACGGCCACAAGAACAACACCAGCUUCUUCAACAAGCCCGCCGCACUCACUGGGAAGCUGGAAGUCAGACUGGUGGGGGUCCAGGGCCUGCUGGAGGACAUCCCCGCACGGAGGAAGGACAGUCUGCAGCUGUUGAUGGCCAGCCCCGGGGAGAGUCGCAGUCUGCUACGUCGUGGCAGCAGCAAGAUUUACAACAUCAAGGACGAGAUUACCAGUUUUACUAGCCCAGUACAAAAAGUCGGGAGAGUACUAUGCAAUCAAGGCCCUGAAGAAGGGAGACAUCAUCGCCCGCGACGAGGUGGAGAGUCUGAUGUCGGAGAAGAGAAUCUUUGAAGUGAUCAACACCAUGAGGCACCCCUUCUUAGUCAACCUGUUUGCUUGUUUCCAGACAUCGGAGCACGUGUGUUUUGUGAUGGAGUACGCGUGUGGCGGGGAUCUCAUGAUGCACAUCCACAGCGACGUCUUCUCAGAGCCUCGCACCGUCUUCUACGCUGGCUGUGUCGUGUUGGGGCUACAGUACUUACAUCAGAACAAGAUUGUCUACAGGGAUCUGAAGCUAGACAACCUACUCCUGGACUCGGAGGGCUACCUCAAGAUGGCGGACUUUGGGCUGUGCAAGGAGGGGAUGGGCUACCAGGACCGAACCAGCACCUUCUGUGGCACGCCAGAGUUCCUGGCACCAGAGGUGUUGACCGAGACCUCUUACUCCCGCGCUGUGGACUGGUGGGGGCUGGGUGUGCUCAUCUACGAGAUGUUGGUGGGGGAGUCUCCAUUCCCCGGUGAUGACGAGGAGGAAGUGUUUGACAGCAUCGUCAACGAGGAGGUUCGCUACCCACGGUUCCUGUCCACCGAGUCGAUCGCCAUCAUGAGGCGGUUGCUGCGGAGGAACCCGGACCGCCGCCUGGGCUCCAGCGAGAGAGACGCAGAAGACGUGAAGAAGCAGGCGUUUUUCCGGUGGCGCCCUCUAGUGGCGGAGUGGUGCUGACGUGUGCUCCCCUCAAGCAAUAUCACGCAGACACUCAGAGGCUGGCUGUCACACACAGCUGAUCCUUCCUUCCUUCCUUCCUUCCUGCACACGGUGAGCACAUUGAUGGAUACUUAGGGAAUGGGCCUCCCAGACCUGUGACAGAGAUGUGGAUGGCCUCACGAAGUUCACACACCGCUCACAGAUGAAUGAACGCUACACUUGUGUGGGGCGGGCCGGCCUCAGGGGAGGUUUGUUUGUGUUUCCAGCAACAAUUUGAGGGAUGGGUUGGGUGGUCAGGCUUGUGGGCGGGCGAUCUGACGGGUCCCUGGAUGGAAGGAUGUGUCCGCUGACAGUAGCGACAGGAAGUUGUGUAGUGGUGCACUCCGGUGUGACAAUGCUGGGAGCGGCCGGUGUGAUGUGUCAGCUGACAGGAAUUUGUGUAGUGGUGCGCUCCGGUGUGACAGUGCUGGGAGCGGGCGGAGGUACCAGCAGCCCGUACCUGGGAGUACCCUGUCACCGCUGCUACUUCUGUGCUUGGGGACAGAAUGUUCAGGAAGAACAGAUGUUUUGGUGUUGCGCAUGUUUUGGUCAGUGUAGAACAGUUCAUGGGGAGGGGAGGGGGAGGGGUUUGUCUGGUGACGGUGUGGAUCGGUGAUGGGAAUUUCCUGGUGGAGUGGUGGCCAGUGUGAGGGGAGACAAGUUGACCUGGUCGGUGUGUGCGGGAGAUAGACGUCGGUGUGUGCGGGAGAUAGACCUCUGUCCUGCUCAGCCUGGAAUGUCUCUUUCUUUCUUGUACCUAGCCUCACCAAACCGUCAGCCACAUCAUCAUCAUUAUCAACAACAUCAUCAUCAUCAUCAUGGGCGACAGAGCAGCAGCAUCAACAUCAUGAACAUCAUCAUCAACAUCAUCACCAUCAUGGUCACCAUCAAGGGCGACAGAGCAGCGUGAUGGUCCUAGUGACAUUGGAUGAUAUAUAUAUAUAACAUUGGUCGUAACAAGACACUUACAGUAGGGACAACAUUGGAUGAUAUAUAUAACAUUGGUCGUAACAAGACACUUACAGUAGGGACAACAUUGGAUGAUAUAUAUAACAUUGGUCGUAACAAGACACUUACAGUAGGGACGACAUUGGCAGUGCUGGCACCCGCAUUCUCAUCGCCAUCGUUAUCAUCGUGUCGGGGGUCAGUGGUCGGUCAUCGUGUCGGGGGUCAGUGGUCGCUCAUCGUGUCGGGGGUCA